AUGGGCAGCAUCGGCAGGCGCUGGCUGGGCCAGGUGUGCCGGGCCCUCGCCCAGCGCCCUCCUCACCGCCGCUUUUGUCCAGGUCCGCCCGCCCCGGUGUGGCCCGGGGGCACGCAGGUGCCCUGCUGGAGGCCCUGCCGCCGUGAGCGCAGGGCUGGCGCGGCCCCUCCUGCGUCCUACCUGUGCUCCCGCCAGGCCCGCGGCUCGCCCGCCAGGACGCUGCCCGGCCCAGCCCGGCCCUCUGCCCGCCCGGCCGAGCGCUGGGCGGGGCCGCCGCCUAGGACAUGCCCGGCGCGGCCCGCACGCUGGCGGCAGCCCCGGCCGAGCCCACGGGCAGAGCGCCGGACCGCGGCCUCGCGCGGCGGGUCCCCUGACGUCUGCGGCGACACGCUCCGCCCCGCGACGCCCCGCCCCCGUGACGCCCCGCCCCGCGACGCCCCGCCCCCCGGAAACCAGGUUAGGGCGGGCCAGCCUCAGCAGGUGAGCCGGACUCCGCAGCGCCGCCCCAGAGGUUACGCGCUGCCCCUCCCGUUCCGUCCACCCGUCCCGGCGCACCGGAUCGGGCAACCAAGAACCGGCGAUCACCUUUGUCCCCCGCCCAGCCUGGGGCUGCGCAUCUCCGCCACCCUGUGCACCCAGACCCCCUUCUCUCUGGCGCUGGCUAUCCCAGGGUUGCGAGACAGGGCGUAUGGCUACCCAGCGUCCCGUCCCAAAGCCGAAUAG